AUGUCUUUACACACUCCACGCAGAAGCCAACGCAAUAUAAAUAAACCAAAGAUACGUUAUAGUAGAAAUUUUUUAGUUGAUGAAGAUAGCGAUGAAAAUGAUGAACCACCUACAAGAUGUAAAAAGGUCAAACCAAGCAAUGACGAUCAUCAUGAAACAGUUUCAAACAAUUCCGAAAUGUUGAGUACAACACACCACGAUAGUAAUAACAAUAGUAGGGAGGCAUCUACAACAGAAUCCAUAAAUCUAGAUCAAGAUACCAACACUGACCACGAAUUAUUUGAGCCAUUGGAACAACAAUUAACAAAACCUGUUAUUAUGGAAAAUGAAAUGAUGGAAACAACCAUAACCUCGGAACAACAAAAACAAAUGACAAGUGGAAUCACAAUCAGAAAACCUUCUGUUAUGGAAAAUCUGUUGGAUAAACCUAUUAAUUAUCGUUUGGAAAUUAUUUCACAAUUACUAAGCUCUCUUCAAAAUGAUUAUGAACAAGCUGAACAAAAUGCUGUAUCCAUGUCAGAUGUAAUUAAAAGAGCCACAUUUACAAUUGAAGAAUUGGAUAAACUUGAUAAGGAAAAAUUAAAUCAAUUAAGAAAAGUGUUGCAAAACUCUGCCAAUAUUGCCACUGAAAUAUUGUUAGAAAGAAAAUGA